AUUAUGAUUGUGGUUUAUCCUUAAGUAUCAUACGUGGAGCAAGAAAGGAAAAAAUUGAUGGUAUCCCAUUUGACUACGGUAUGCUAUAUCAAAAAAAAUAUCCAAAUAUGAAUGAGGUAGUUUUAUUACACAAAAAAUUGGUUUCACUCGAAAAAUAUAAUGAAGUAACUGAGAAAAGUGUUGAAGACUAUAACAAAGAAA